AUGUUCAGUUUGUCCGUCAGUCUGUUUGUUUGGUUGCUGGUUUUGAAACUGUACCAUGCUUUACCAGAGUGUACGCAGAUAGAUGAAUGUUCAUGCGCACUAUCUGACGGUAAGCAAAUCAACAUACGAUCGCUGGGAACCAAAGGAAAACCAAGAUUUGCAUAUCAAGAACAGCCCGAUGAUAAGGAUUAUGAAUGCACCUAUAACCCAUGUUAUGACUUCAGUGAUGACAACUGCAAGAACGUCAUUGCAUGUCAAACUACAAAGGACCGUACCUCCUCGUUAGGUCUUGGUAUAGCGGCAACAGCUAAAUGGGGAUCACAAACAGGUGAAUCCUACACCAUCUCAUAUGAAGAUACGGUAACCAGCAGGUCAGCGUUAGUUGAAUUACAGUGUGAUGAAUCUGCCACGGCACCUAGUCUUCAAGUUCUAGGAGAGGAACCUGGAGAGGCAGGCAGAAUGUAUUUUAUUCUGACGACAAACUGCGCGUGUCCAGGGAAAUGUCAGGGUCCAACACCAACUAAACAGCCAGGCGGUGGAUUACCCAUCAGUAUGGGAUCGAUCAUUUGUAUCAGUUUUUCAGCACUACUUCUUAUCUACUUCAUAUGUGGAGUUCUCUUUAUGAAGUUUGUGCGCGGAGCUGUUGGACGGGAAUUAAUUCCUAACGUAUCUCUAUGGGCAGGCUUACCUGGUAAUGUCAAGGAUGGUUUUAUGUUGGUUUUCUCUUGUGGCAAGAGGACAAAGUAUGACGAAAUCUAGCAGAAGUUCAUGAAGAGA